UUUUCUCUCUGUCUGUGCCUCUGUUUCUCUUAUCCUCACUCUACGGAAGGAAAGAAAGUUGGGUCUAAAACGUUAUUUGGUUUUGACACAAAUCUGAUUGGGCAAUGAGAGGCAAAUUUCCGCUGUGCGUUGAGCUCAACCCUAUAUAAGGUCCUCACCAGGAAUUUUCAGUCUGAUAGCUUCUUUUUGUGUGAUUCUUCUGGCUGAAAGACUACAGAAACACAGAUUUCAAAACAUUUUCCUUCCACCCUCUUCUUCUGAUUUCUUGUGGAAAAAAAUGCAUGGGCUCUUCUUUGUCCUGGUGACCUGCACAGCAGGUGCCUCUGCUUUCAGACUCCAGCAAGUCAAAAACACAGAAAACUGCCCAGACCACACAGUGUUUUUCAAACACUACUAUGAACUGCAUGGAGAACCUGUGGUUCUGAAAUGCCCUUCCCCCAGAUACAAACAUUUGGAUUUCUCUGCCUUGACCCCUAAUAUCACAUGGUAUAAAAAUGAUUCAAACACCAUGAUAUCAGGAAGAGAUGAAGAUUCAAGAAUCUGGGCAAAAGGAAAUGCACUCUGGUUUUUACCAGCAAUGCUAGAAGACUCAGGAGUAUAUAUCUGCACAAGAAGGAACUCCUCCUACUGUGCCGAGGUCUCCAUCCACCUCACAGUUGUGGAGAAAACAGCUGCUUGGGAGAUUGCGUAUCCCCAGAUCCUCUUCACUUUCACUGCUGGAAAGAUUGUUUGUCCUGACCUGUGGGAUUUUACACCAAACAGGACAAGCCUGGAGCUCAAGUGGUACAAGGAUGCUCAGCCUUUGGAAGAGGACAAUGAAAGAUUCAUCAUUCUGAACGGUUCAGCGUCUCUGAUCAUGACAUCUGUGCUACCAACAGAUGCAGGGUAUUACACCUGCAAGAUGUCAUUUCCAUUUGAAGGUGUGGAGUAUGAAAUCACCAGGACAAUUCAACUGGAGACUGUUGCACUGACUGUUCUCUUUUUCUGCCAAGAACAAGAGAAGAGAAUUACCCCAAUAAUUGUGUAUCCAGCUCAAAAGACAACAUCAGCUGCUCUUGGCUCCAAGAUGACUCUCCCGUGCAAAGUGUUUGUUGGGCUGAGCAGCCAUUUCCAAACUGAUGUGGAAUGGCUAGCAAAUGACACCAGUGUUGACCUGGUUUAUAAACAAAGCAGAGUUACAGAGGGGGAACGACAAGAAAUUGUAGAAAAUGGUGAAAACUUCAUUGAAGUACCACUUAUUUUUGAUUCUGUUGAAGAAGUGGACUUUUACACAGACUUUACCUGUCUGGCCCAGAACAGAUAUGGAUACCAAGAACUGCCAACAAGGGUCAAGCAGGAAGCUGUUGGUCUGUCCUGGUACAUUGCAAUGAUUCCUGUUGCUCUGGCCUGUUUGAUCGUGGGAGGGAUAUGCAUGCACAAGUGCUGGAAGAGUAGAGCUGAUAAAGGAUAUACAAUACCAAAGGUUUAAAAUCCGCUUGGGUUCUCCAACUACAGAACAAAAAAUCACCCUGGCUAUCUUUCACAUCAGACACAGCGAGCAUUUCAGACCUGAUAUACUGCAUUCCCAACAGACAAUAAUAACAGCUCUUUCCCACUUUUCCCAGUCUUCUAUGAUCUGAUGAAGUUAAGAAUAUAAGUUUGCAUUUUUAUGCUGCUUAGAUGCAGGAAAUCUGGUUCUAUGAUUUUGUAACUAGAGUGCAAUCUGUAGAAUUUUGGAACACGAAAUCGUGCUCUGGAUAUGGGAAGGGUGGGGAAAGGGGGGUGGUGUCACACUUUGUAAUUCCAACAGGUGUACUGUUUUUUAAAAAAAAAAAGGAAAAGAAACCCCUAAAAUCUAAAAAGGGAAGGAAGCUUGCUACAGAAGGAUUAUUUGAUGCUAGAGGGAAAAAGCAAUUUUCCUAUGCAACCAGACUAAAUUUGUUUCACUUGAGUCUAAAAAGAGCCAUUUAUUUUCCCUUUUCAGAGCCAAAUGCAGUUGUCAUGGCAACUGAAUAUCUCUGAACUUCUCCACAGAAAAACUAAAUUUGUUCACCAUUUGGAUUACACAUUGCUUAAAUAGACUGUCUCAGAAUAUCCCUCCCCCAGAGAUAACUCCAUCUGUAUAAAAGAUAACUGUACACAGAAGAAUUCAGUUCUAUUUUAUCUACCAAUAUGUUGUAGCUACAGAUUCAUAAGCAGCUGUAAAACGUUGACAUCUUUGCCAAGAAAAGAAUGGGAGGAAUGUUUAAGUGUUUUGAGAGUGAUUUGGCUAAUAAAAAGUUUUAUUCCUGGAAGUGACUGGACAGAUUGCCAGUGAUAAUGAAGAGUCUCACACUUUUGUUCCUCCGGCCAUUUUGUGACCAGUCUGGUGUAGCUUCAGAUUGUGUCCUUUAAAUUGCAGUAUGCAAAUUGGUUACAUGGGGUGCAAAACACUGCCUGUUAGGUUAACCUAGCCGGAUUCUAGUCUUGACAUAAAUCAUAAGGGAGUAAUAAAUAAUCAGUGACCAUGCUGUACUUUGAGGGUCAGAAUGAGUAAAAUUAUUUGGUUACUUCCUCUCUUCCUCUUCAAAGAGAUACCACUCAUGACAGCUGAGAAAUCAUUACAUGAUAUAUAAUGUGUAUUAUCUUCAUCUGUAUAGGAGGGAAGAGAACCUGCGUCAAGGCCUAGAUUAGUACAGAUCCAUAACUACACCAACGCCUCUCCCUCUACCAAUACUAAAAUAAUACCAACAUCUCUCACAGGCACCAAAGAUAAAGCUUUUUGUUCAUGUAAAUCAUCCCAGAGGAUUUUCAAACUCUAUAGGAAAAAAAAAAAUUCAGGAAAGACUUUGACUCCAAAAAUCACAUUUUAACACUCUAGAGAAGUAAAUGGCUCACAUCCAUAUGGGACAGACCAUGACCUUACUCCUUUCCACCACCACUUCUAGUUGGCUCUGAGUUUGGCACAAUAAAUAUCUGGAUGGAUUUUGAAGAGUAGGAUGUGGCUUGAGUUAAGAAAUCUUCACUCUGUUAGUGAGAACAUUCAUAUGAGAUUCCAACCACAGCCUCCCAUUAAACACUCUAAAUGCUUGUUGUGAAGAUACAGGCAGAGAGAUUAGAGUUCUGAUGCAGUUUAGGUCAAGGGCAUCCAGAGAACACCACAGGACUCACUGUUUCCAAGUGCAGAAUAUUGAAGAUGAUAAGGACCACAAGUGUUUCAUGGGCAGAUGGGAAAAAGGUGGAUGCAAGUGUGGAGAAGAGUCAGUCCCCUUGGAUAUCUGUUCUUUGAAGGGAAAAAGCUAUAGAAGAAACCAAUGUUGGAGGGAACAUUGAAAAUGUUUUAGGAGCAUCAGGAAUGCUCAUUAUUUUCAAGCAAUUGCUAGUCUGUACCUAGAGAACAAAUUAGGUUUGUCAAUAAGUGUAAUGUUUAAACAUGUGAUUUCCUGUCCAUCUGUAUCCUCCAAGAGUGGUGUGAUCACAUACCUGGCUGUAGGUGCAGGGCUGGAUUUCAUUAAGUACUGGAAAAAACCCAGAACUUUUGGUAUACCGAGCACUGAUGCCAUAAGAAAGUUAAAUACCUCAGAUCCUUCUUCAAAACCAGAGGAGGAGAAAAAAUAUAAAUAUAAGGUAAAAAUUAGGUAUUUAGAGAAUUGCUGUUACAUGCUGUUACAUACUCAGGGGCAUCUUGAAUACAAAAGAAAAGUAAAGAAACAAAGGCUUAUCUUUUAUGAAGUGAUAUUUGCUUCUCUGACUACUAGUAUAAUAUUCUGAAGGCUUUCCUCAUAAGUAGAUGUCAUCAGGUGAACUACACAGUGUAAAUAUUUUACAGAUAGAUUUUAACAAGUGACCUACAUAAUGUAAAUACUUGACACUGAUUUGCAUCAUUAUACACAAGGGCAACAUGGUUUAUCUAGGUUUUGAAAAUGUUAUGGUGGAAAAAUGGUUAACAAAUAAACCAAAAUCCUGGUGUGUGAGUUGAGUGGGAAGAGAGAUGUGAGAUAUGAGAUGUCUCUUUGAGGUGGCAGCUAAAACCCGAAACCUGGAAAGAAGUACAGUAUUAGGGAACAUCAAGGAUUCAAGGCUCUGCACAACAGUGUUUUUCUUUGGAAAAAUUAGGGAUGUAAUGAGGCACGCCUACAGAGAGGGAAAGACUGGUGUACCAUGGUCUUGGCAUGAAUUAGCAUUCAGUACAGAGGCUUGUUGUGCAAAAGUUAUUUUCAAGAAACAUUAAUUAAAUUAACAACUAUUUUCUAGUUUUCAGUGUAUGUGAUCUUGAUGUCAUUUAUCCAUCUAAAUAGGCAGCAUAACUGAUGUUUGACCCUAGUAGCACCUGAACCAAACCUAAACAUAAUGUGAAGAGUACCAAAUAAUUUCAUCUGCUGGCUCCCAAACAAAACUAUUAAAUUAAUUUAGGAGCAAGUGAAAACAAGGGCUGACCUGCACAUAGAGUUGAUCUUCACUAAUCAAGACAAGAAAGUUACAUUUUUAAUUCUAGUAGCUGGGGAGGGAAGGCAUGCAUACAGGAGGAUGAGGACGUUCUUGUUGAAAUAUCAUUGC